AUGGAAGGUCAAAUAAAUUCAGCAAUGCGUUUCUUGAGUGAGGAGGGUAAUGGUGGCGUGUUACCCCUAUCUGAUGACGUCAUGCUUCAAUUACGACAAAAGCACCCGGAAGAAGAAGCGAAAAUUGGCACUCUUCUUCGUGGGCCAGUGCAAGAAGUAAUAGAAAGUUUAUUUAUUCCAAUCAAUGGUCAGAUGGUAAGAGAGCCUGCCUUGAGGACGAAAGGUUCUGGAGGUCCUUCCGGGGUUGAUGCUAAUGGAUUCAAGAGGAUACUUGCUUGUAAAUCCUUUAAAAAUCCUCCACCGCCCUUUGUGAAGCCUUAGCCACUUUAACAAAGACUCUGUGUACUGAAUUUGUUGAUCCAACUCUAAUCGAGGCUUUGGUAGCAAGUCGUUUAAUCCCUUUAGACAAAGGGAAGGAGCCGUUAGACCCAUCGGUGUUGGAGAAGUGCUAAGAAGAAUUAUCAGUAAGUGUGUGAUGAAGAUUGUUAAACCAGAGGUGUUGGAAGUAAGCGGCUCACUUCAACUUUGUGCGAGUCAACCGGUGGGAAGUGAGGCUGCAUGCAGUCCAUGCUUUGCGAAAUAUUUUU